CACGUCUGUUGCUGUUAACUGAGUGCAGUGCACACUAUCUCGUCUCUGACGCCACAUAUAUUUUAUACUUACUCUCCUGUUGGACAUCAGUAGCAACUAUCGAGGAAAACAUUUUACAUAUUUCAUCGUCUUCAAGCACAUCGCGUUCAUAAUAUGGCUACUGCAUUCAUCGCAUUUAUCGCCACGUCCUUAUUGGUGACAAUGGCGUUGGGCCAGCAACGUCCUGUCCAGCCAACGUUCACCAGAUCCACUUUGCAGAAUCGCGACAUCCCUCAGCUAAACCUGGACCCUCAGCAACCAAUGCCGCAGCCUUUCCGUAGAGUCUCGUUGCCCUUGUACAGAGGCCGAGGCUUUAGUCUGGACGGACAAGAGCCGAAUAAACCAGUAGUAACUCAGCAAACGUUCCAGCCGAGACCUGUCGAAAACGUCGACGGCGAUGUGGCGGGCGACGAUGCACCACAACCCACUAGACAAGCGCCUCAGCAGCAAUUUGAGAGAACACAGCAACAGCAAGUCGACAGGGUUCAGCAACAACAACAAAAUAUUGACAGGAUUCAAGCACAACCUGAAAAACAAUUCCCCGGAUUCCGGCCCCAGCCGCAGAUACAAGCCAUAGAAACUCAACCAAACUUUGUGAGAAAGGUAGUACAGAGGCCGUUGAAACGCGUAAGAGUCACUGAAGAUAUAGAUGCUGUACCUAAAUCUCCAGAAACGAUUCAAAGAAUGAAACUUGAACGAACCGAGUCUGCCGACAAACAGCGGGCAAAAAAGCCGGUGUCUCAGGUAUUGAGGCGAUACAGAGACGACAACCCAGACGGUAGUAUCACUUGGGGUUUCGAAAACGACGACGGCACUUUUAAGGAGGAGACCAUCGGAGUGGACUGCGUGACCCGCGGCAAGUACGGCUACGUAGACCCGGAAGGCGUCAAGCGCGAGUACUCGUACCAGUCGGGUGUGCUAUGCGACAAGGACAGGCGACCGCUGUCCGGGUCGCAGCGAGAGCAGGGCGCCGGGUCGUCGGCGGUGCAGGAGGCGCAGGCCAGCGACACGUACGGUUACAUAGACUACACCAAGAACCAGUACGUCAUGGCCAACGGACAAACGAUCAACCUGAACGGCAUGGCUAAGAACCGGGCGCGGAAGCCGGUAGUCCGGAAGACCGUACCGCCCCCGCAGAACGCAGCCGACCAACGCUUCUAGGUCGUCACGCGCCCCGUCGUUUAAUAAUAUCAUGUAUUAUCGCAUUCCUCCCCAAAUGCAGCGUAUUAUUAUUAUUAUUAUUAUUAUUAUUAUUAUUAAUUAUUAUUAGUAUAAUAUCAAUGACGGUAUAGGAAAAUGCAAUGUGAUCAGUGCUCGAAAUCGGUAAACAAAAUUGAGAGACACUCUUAAGGUUGAAAAAACUUAUAACUUUUGAACGUUAUAAUAUAAAAUAAAUCGCAGACAAAAAAAUAAAAUACAUUUCAAGAGUAUAUGCUAAUAAUUAUUAUACUAUUACCUAACGUUUUUAAAAAUAUGUUUUUUACAUAAUUUUCAACCAUAUACCUACUACUACUUUUUACCGUUAACGGUUUUUAAAUUUUUUCAAAUGACAUUUGUCUUUAAUUCAUUAUUCCACAACUAAAUAGUU